UUGACAUUAUUCGUAGUAUGACGUUAUUCGAUUUCGAUUCAAUACGUGAUACUUACGCGAGAUUAUAGAAAAUUUUCUGAAAAAUAUUAAUAUUGUGUUUUUAUUUAUUGCCUUGGCCAUAUGAAGAAAAUUACCAAUUAUUAAUACAGGUAAAAAAUGUUGAGGUUUCGGCCAAAGUUGGGAAGUGAGCGCAACAGUGAGUGGCGCUGCUGUUUCUGUCUCCAUGUCCGCACAGGAACCAUUCUACUUGGAACAUGGCACUUGAUGCUGCACCUAGUGGCGCUGGGUUUCUUGGCGGCCGUGGUGCGCGACCCCCGGCUGCUGGACGAGCUCGAGAGUGACUCCAACCCCAUGCCCACGCCGCUGUCCAAUGUCGACAACAGCCCCGGCACCUACAUGCAGACCAGGGAUCAGAACCGUAGCAUUAUUUACCAUGAUCUGGAUGUCGGUGCACUGGUUACAGUGAUCACGCUCGCCAUCACGCUCAUGCUGAUCUACGGCGCGUCGCGCGGCAAGCCGGCCCACCUGCUGCCUUUCUUCUGCCUGCAGAUAUUCGACUUCGCCAUCACUGUAUUGACGGCGACCGGGUACCUGUACUACUUGCGCUCGAUCCACCGGCUGGUCGCGGAGACGAAGCGCGUGCCGUGGCGCGAGCAGCUGCUGGCGCUGCCGGCGCCCGCGCUGGCGCUGGUGGUGCUGUCCGUGUUCCUGCUGGCCGUGCUGCUCAAGGGUUACUGCAUCAGCAUGGUGUGGCGUUGCUACAAGUACCUGACGAUGCGCGCGCACGCGCUCCACAGCCUCACCCCCUUCGUGAUCUCAGGGGAGGCCCUCGCCGCCCCGCCGUACACCGCGCCGCCACCGCAGCCCGACUACUCCAGCCUGCUGCCGGACUACGAGGAGGCGGUCAAACAGACCCCGCCGCCGUCAUACCGCGCCGCUACGCUCAUGGCCCACGCUGACCCCGCUGUAACCACGCCGCCGACGCCACCUGGCGCAGUGCCCACGCCGGCGCCCAGCACGGCGGCGCCGCCCGCCGACACCGUGGUGAUGCUGCCGCAGCACGGCACACAGGCGCGCGUUUGAAUCUCACCGUAGCCGCUCUUGAGACUCGACUGGACGCUCCUACAUAGAUUGACUCGAACAUGAACAGAAUGCCCGUUUAUCAGGUACCUUUUCCCCUGUUGCCGGAAAUGCUCCUAAUUUUUGUUUCUUCAAAUGUGUUAUAUGUAUCUGAAUUAUGUAUAUAUCCAAAGACAUUUUUUAAUUCACAAAAUCUCUUAACGGGAGGGUAGACUAGGUGAGAUUUUAUAACAACACUAAAAUGUGAACCCAUUAAAAAAUGCACAUAGAAAAAUUCCCCAUACAUAUUUGGAGAAACUUUAGUUCGGAAUUGUAUGAAAUUCGAGAUAUUCUGUAGAAUUAUUGUUGACAAUAUUAAAUAACUAUUAUAAUUAACUAUUUAGAUCACUCCUAUUUAUUUACUAAUGGAAUAGAACAAGAAAAAACUACCAAAGUAGAGUCUCGAGAGCUGAUUGAACACCUACAAUAUAUUAUAAAGUAUUUACCAAAUCGGGCUGCAAGGGAAAACAAGAGCUUGUUUUAUUUCUAUGACUAUUGUAUACCUUAUGACGGGCCCAUAAGGUGCAGUAUUGUGUGUAAAAUUUAAUUAAUAACUGUCUAUUUUCCCUAAAUGCUAAUAUGAGCCAUCGCACACGUUUAUUUUUGGUACAGCUGACGGGACACAAUAGCUCUAAUACAACCAAAACUAAUCUAUCCUACCCUCUCUCGCUGUCACUAUAAAGAGUCGCGCAUCAGCACUGGUUCCUUAGCGAUGCUGUAUCUGCCUGUACAAAAGAAAGCGUAUACAAUGGCUCUAAAUUAUGUUUUAUCUUAUAAGCUGACUUCAUCGGUGACAUGCGAUAACUACACUUAAAAGUAUCAAAUGACUAAAAAGCACCAGGCGGCGUAGCACGGUCGCGUUUUUAUCGCUAGUCACCAUGCCUGUCACGUUCUAACAAGUAUGUAAGUGCGAAAGGGACGCGCAUAGUGUCAGGCGAUAAAAAUGGAACCGUGCUGCGCCCGCUAGUCACAGGCUCUAACUAACUCUCCAUAAAAUAAUCCUAACGAAAUAUAAAAAUGAAAAUGGCUAUUAAAUCAAUUCAAAACGCUAAAGGAAAAAAGAGAAGUAAAACUGGUUUGAUGACUAUAAACAUGAUUAAAAAUAUGACACAAAAAAAUCGUAAUAAAUAGAUAGAAAAACCCACUAAACUACUGAUUUACUGACUUUUCAUUUUCGAUUCCGAUGUUUUCAGUUUAUAAGCGUGCUUUUCCAUCCUAACUUAUAUAUUAAACUAAUAUUUAUAAACUAUUUAUAAUAUAAAUAAAAUAUCUGGAAUCUGGGAUUGAAAGUUUUAUUUUUAUUGAGGAUUUACAAAAUGCUUAUUUUAUCUUAUAUCAAAUAUUUUGCUUCACGGAAUGUUUAGUGAUUCUCGUGUCUAUUUGUGUAAACGCUUCUAUUCUUUGCAACGAAUAGUCAUAAAAUCUAUAUAAUAAUUAUAUGCUUACUUAACUACGCGAAAGUUCUUUAUUCUCUCUUAAAUCGGCAAAAUAAAUCCUAAUGAAAUAAUGCAAAUACUUUUUGGCCUACGCAUUGUCGAAAAAUAUAUAUAACAAAUGAAACUAGUGCCAUUCCGUUGUGUUUUAAAAUUUUAUUUUUGUAUUGAACCUCAUUUAAAUGUAUAUUCCCUUCACUUAGAUUUCAUGUCUAAAUAAUAUAAUAAUAAAAACGUAGUUAAAACUUUAAAAUCGAAAAAAAAAAAACUUACUUACCUACAAUAUUAUUAUAAUGGUUAGAAUGUUUCUGAGUCAGUGAAAGAAAGCAACGAAAGCUCUUCGAACGCAUUUCUUCUAUCACAUUCCUCUCUUGACAUAUGUAUUGGCGUGAAAGGACAGUAAUGCUUGUCAAUUACUACCUACCGCUAUCGAUAUAUAAUAAGCUCGAGAAUGUGGCUAAUAUCGAAAAACUACAUUUAGGGCCAGUUGCACCAACCACAAUUAACAGACUGAUAAACGUCAAGCAGCAGAGAACUAUGAAACUUUCCAUACAAUAAAAUUUUGCAAACGCUAAAACGGUGACAGACGGUUUGGUGCAACUGACCCUAAGUACCUACUUUAUUAUCUAGUGCAAAGAAAGCGGCGCCAGAAUUUGACAAAUGUAAAUGUUAUGUCGAGUAAAUUCUAAUGACAGAAUCAGUUGCCGGAACGUAAGACAAUUUAAACGUAUUUUUUAAAGUUACUCUUCUUGACUUAUUAUACAUUGAUGCCUGCGGCAAAACACCGUCCAUAUUCAUUAUCACUGUUGCAAUGGGCUCCAACUGUACUAACCAAAUAGAAAUGUAAUUUAUAUGUAUAGGUGUGCUAUGUACUAUGUCGAUGUUCCUAUUUAGGUUCAUAGACUUGGCAGCGCUCGUGUAGGUGUGGUAAAAUUAAUAGUAAUCAACUGUAAGGGUUAUUCCCAGUGGCUACUGCCAUAUUCGUAUAGUAUUUUUUUACUGACUUACUCAACCUACUGGAUAGCAUUUUCAUUUUAACUUUAUUAUGAGUUAGUCACUUCUAUGUUUCAUUUUUGGGUUCGUAAGUUUUAUCUCUGACUGCCCGUUGCACUAAAGCUAAAUUACCUUUACCUAUAACAAUUAUAACUUUAUUCGUUAAGGGAUUUCCGCUGGUUUUACAAGCUACAAGCUUGUUUGAAACGGCACCCUAGUAAUGCCAGGUUUUAAAUUGACGGGGGGUGGUAACUACUGAGAAUAACCCAACUGUCUUAGUCAUUACCUAAGUAUUUACCAAGUCCCAGUGUCGUGCCUUAUGUCGUUACAAAUAGCUUGGCCACGAUCUAUUGUGUUAUCAUUUGUAAAAUGUAUAGUUCUAUGGAGAAUGUGCCGCACACGGGGCAGAGCUUCUACCAGUGGCGGAUUCGCCCUAAGGCCCAGUAGGCCCGGGCCUAGGGCGGCAAAUUGUGACAAAAAAAUCGCUGAUGAUAACAAGAAAUAACUUAAAAUGUAGUCAAUAUGAUGGGUGCUGCGAAAGGGGCGGCUACAGGGCCUGGGGCCUAGAUCCGCCACUGACUUCUACCCUAGGUAAAGGUAAGUAAAACUACCCCGUAAACAAGUGAAGGAUAACGGUAAAGGCAUUAAUCUAUCCCACCCUCUUGAAGCAUAUCCUAGCAGAGUAAAGGGGAAGGGAAAUGUGCCAGGCGCCGAACCUGCCCCGUGGGGGGCACUUGUCCCAGCUGACCGCACUAUCCUUGCUGUAAUUGUCAUAUAAGGAGCAGAUACUGGGCAAUUUUGAUUGCUUUGAAACACUGGUUUGCUGAGUUACGUAGACUACCUGAGGUAAGGUAUCGUAAGUAGUUUCGCAAUGGCCUAAAGUGUACAAAAGAACGAAAUCCUAUUAAGUAUUAUUGUUUCCCGUGUGUACUUAUUUUUAUAUUUUCCUAGGGCCUUCCUUCAACUAUUUAAAAAUAUGUAUUACUAACCCUAUUAGAUAUGAAUUUCAGAUGAGUCGUAAGAAGUUUAUUUUUGGUAAUCUAAAAAUAAGAAUAAAAUGACAUGGCUUGUAAAGUAUUUAGUUUGUGAUGCUGAUGAAGUAUGUAUUAACAUAAACACUGUGUACCUAUAUUAAAACAUCUAAAAUGUGUAAAGUUACUAAGUAAAUUGGUGUGCGAUGCUAUGUACUAAAUUAUUCACGGUAUGUAACUGUUAAAUAUGUAAGUCUUAAAUAAAUACACGUAAAAUGCCA